AUGACUAUGUUUUACCGUUGGUUUGCACAGGCUGAGAUCGGUCUCUGGUCCACCAUGCAAUUCAAUGAGACUUGGACCAUCCUCGAAUCAUGCGACGAGGGUCAAAUUCAUGCCUACGAGGACCUGAACGCAGGAGAUUUGACCCAGGAUAAAUCUCGACUGGUGUUCUUUACUUCUAAUAUCGCUAGUAAUGGUAUUACCCGCUACUACCAGGGCUUGUAUAUGCCUACUGCCGAGGGCGUUGUGACUAUCCAUGCCUAUAUGACCCAUGGACUGACUUCGACCGGCGUACUCGGGCCUGAUACCUCGCAAAAAAACGAUCUUCGAGGUCUCCCCCCACCUGCAUACUGCUGGGGACUGCAAGGCGGCUACCUUGUUUGA